AUGUCAGUAUUUGAUAUCCAUAUGUGCAUAGAUACUUUAGUUGCUGAAAUAAAUGAAGAAAGGCAAAAUUCAGUGACAGAAAUUGACGCACGCACUAUAAAGCAUAUAUAUAGGAGGCUGGAUUUUUGUAUGAUUCCGUGUCUCUGGUUACUCUAUUUUUUUGCAUUUUCAGCUAAAUCUAUUAUUAGUGUAUCACUUACUAUGAAUUUUUCACAAGGAGAUUCUCUUCAACAACUUAUUAAUCUUUCCUCACGUGAAGUGAGUAUAGGUCUUUCUCUUUUUUAUAUAGGCUAUGUUGUUUUUGAAGUUCCUAGUAAUUUGAUUAUAAUAUAUAUUACACCACGAUUUUGGUUAUCUGAAACAGUAAUAUUUAUUGGAAUUACUUGUAUUUUACAUAUUUAUAUUACAAAUUCGUCUGGAUUUUAUAUAUUUCGAUUUUUAUUAGGGAUGAUAGAAGCUGGAAUAUGGCCUGGAAUGGCUUAUUAUCUAACAUUAUAUUAUCCUUCACACAUGAUACAAAAGCGUAUUUUAUGGUAUUUUACUGCAGCACAGAUAUCAACUAUGUCAGUUGGUUUUUUCAGUAUAGGGCUUCAAAAAAUGAAUGGGAUCGCUAACCUUCAAGGAUAUAAAUGGAUGUUUUUAAUCUAUGGAAUUUUUUCAAUAAUAGCUGGUAUCAUUACUAUAUGGUUAUUACCACCACUAUUAACGGAAACACCUAUCACUAAAGAAGAACUGCAAUCUUCAUCACCAAUUAUUUAUGGAAGUGUUAUUAUUCAAUCUAUUGACAGUAAUAUAUCAGAUCUUAAAAUUAGUUUAUUAUAUGGAAUUAUUUGGAUUGCUAAUCUAACUGGUGCUAUAGCUAUAAUAAAUAUUUCUAACUAUUAUAAAUCUCGAAUUAUAUCCUUUAUCUUUUGUUGUAUCACUGUUAUUAUCGGUAUGCUUAUUUUAACAUUUUCAUCGAAUACAUGGAUUCAGUACAUAGGACUGUUAACCAGUGCAUUUGGAAUAGGCCCUAGUGUUCCCAUCUGUAUGGCAUGGUGUGCUCAUAUUUUCACAUCACAAUCAAAUAUAAAUAUUGCCGCAUCAUCAGCCCUUCUUUCUGGUUUAGGAAAUAUGGGAUCUAUUUUUACAACAUAUACACUGUAUAAAGGAAUGCGUGGAAAAGAUGCAUUUAAAAAAAGUAAUUUAGUUAUCUGUGCUAUGAUGUGUACAAGUAUUUUAGCCUGUUUAGCCGAAAAAAUGUUACUUAAAUAUUGUGAAAAGUCAUCGAAAAGAAGUCAUGCAAAAAUACAUUCAAUUGUUAAUCAAUAAUUUUUUUGGAAAUAAAAUAAAAUUUAAAUUUGUACACAUGUAGCAUCAAUCUAAUCAUGUACAUUAAUAUAUUAUUUUAAAAAGUAGCUAAAAUGACCUGUUUUAUCCA